CUUCCAAGAUGGCCGAGUCCGUGGACUCCAUGCAUUUCGCAGCAAACAGCAAAACAAAUUCCCCCAAACCCUUGAUAGCUAAACGUCCACCAGAGAGUCGACCGCAGUCUUCCAGCGAUAUUUACCCGCCAACCCCGAAGAAAGUUCGUUUAGAGGAGAAGAGCCUGAAGCACAGGACGCUCAAUGGAGAGGAAAAACACAACGGGAAGCAGAGUUGUGUGAGCCCAGCGAAAUGGAGUUUCGGCCCGGCCAAGGCAAGCCACUCCAUCGCCACCGCGGCGGUGCCGUCCGCUCCCGCUCGGAAGAUCUUUAAGAUAAGCAACUUCCUCGCCUCACCACCCAAAGUCAAGAAGGCGAGAGAAAAGCGUCACAAGGAGAAGCAGAAGAGCAGCGAAGCGCAGCACGGUGCCUCCGCGGCUGUGGAGAGAGUGAGCCCAGCUAGCUGCCAUACAAAGACGGAGAACGGUGACGUGAAAGCACCGAGGAGAGAUGAACGUGUUAAAAAUAAGGAUAAAGAAAAGAAAAAGGACAAGAAUAAAGAGUGGAAAAAUCACAAAUUGCCUCCCGAACAUGACAUGUCAAGAGAAAACGGUGAAGUGUUUUCUCCACGCAAAGAGUCCAAGGAGAAACUCAAAGCCACUUCGGAGGAAGACCUGCUUCUGAAGAAACUCAAGAAGAAAAAGAAAAAGAAGCACAAAGAUGGCGAGCGUACGAAAGAGAGACACAACCGACCUAAGAUGUAUCACCGCUCUUGCCAGACCGUUUGUUCUGGAGUGUCUUUGGGUCUGCCAGAUUUAAUCGGUCGCAUCAAUGGAAACAACAACAACAGCAGCAUCAGCACCGGAGCAUUUCUUCACAACACACUGAUGCAACACCAACAAGAUCCUUCUAUCACUGCUCCUACUUCCAUCCCUUCCCUUGUCAGAGACAGACUGAGCUACGGCUCACCACUUCACUGUUCGCCAGCACCUGGAAUACCUGGUCUGGAGUUUGGCCAUCUGAUUCACAUUGAGCAGCAGGCGAAUGGAGGCGCAUCAGUGGCCCACGCUUAUAGCGAGCAGCUCGCCUGUCUUCCUCCUGCGGAGAUGCAGCGGUUUGCUCAGGAAUUUGUGACUUUGUCAUUUAGCGAGGACGAAUCCCAGGCUGCAUGUUUUGUAAUGGGAAUCAUCCAUGGAGCUGCGUCCUACCUCCCAGAUUUCCUGGACUACUUCUCGUACAAGUUUCCAAACGCACCCGUGAAGAUGGAGGUGCUAGGGAAGAAGGAUAUAGAGACAACAACAAUGAUCAACUUUCACUCUCAGGUGAAGCGGACAUACUCCCAAGGAACGUACCGCGCCGGGGCCAUGCGCCAGGUCAGUCUGGUCGGUGCUGUGGACGAGGAGGUUGGCGACUACUUCCCAGAGUUCAUCGGCAUGUUGGAGGAAUCACCCUUCCUGGAGAGAACGCUGCCUUGGGGCACGUUUUCCAGCCUGCGAUUGCAGAGCCCGACUGAGAGUGAUGAUGGUCCCAUCAUGUGGGUCCGACCUGGAGAACAGAUGAUCCCCAUGGCAGACAUGCCAAAGUCCCCUUUCAAGAGGAAAAGGUCCACGAAUGAGAUAAAGAACCUGCAGUAUCUUCCACGAGCCAGUGAGCCCAGAGAGAUGCUGUUUGAGGACCGGACGAGGGCGCACGCCGAUCACAUCGGUCAGGGCUUCGAGAGGCAGACGACCGCUGCAGUGGGCGUGCUGAAGGCAGUGCGCUGCGGAGAGGACAGCGAUGCACCUGCUCGGAUCACCAAAGACGUUGUGUGUUUCCACGCCGCCGACUUUCCGGAUGUAGUCAUGCGGCUGCAGCUGGACCUCCAUGAGCCUCCGCUGUCUCAGUGUGUUCAGUGGAUCGACGACGCCAAGCUGAACCAGCUGAGGAGAGAGGGGAUCCGCUACGCACGGAUCCAGCUCUACCAUGACGACAUCUACUUCAUCCCCAGGGGAGUGGUCCACCAGUUCAAGACCGUCUCAGCCGUCUGCAGCCUGGCCUGGCACAUCCGGCUCAAACAGUACCACCAACAUGAGGAGGAGGAGGAAAGAGAAGAGGGCCAAGAGGUGAAGGAGGAGGCCUCUUCUCAGGAGGUCCUGGUUCAUGUCAAAGAGGAGGAGGAGGACGAGGAGGAGGAGGAGGAGGAGGAGGAGGAAGAGGAGCACGAAGAUGAAGAGCCAAAAGUGGAGAAGGCAGCGAAGCAGGAGGAUGAUGAUGAUGCAGAGCGAGGGAAUGGUCUUCUUUCAUACGCUCCCUCUGCUGUGUUAAAGGUGGAAGAAGAAGAGAAGCAUGAGGAGAUGAUGGACACUUCAACUGGCUUGAAGGAGAGAGGGGAAGAGGUGGAGCUAAGUACUUGUGAGUCCAGGAUUGAGAAGGAGGUGCAGGUGAAGGCGGAGGAGGAGGAGAAAGGUGAAGCUGAAUGUCAGAAUCCCCAGAAGCAUCAAGUAGAGGCUACAGACGACACUUUGUUCAAGUCUCCAUUGCCAAUCAAGAUGGAGGAGGAAGUCGAAGAAGAGAGACUGCCGAAGAUCGUUCUUCCUCCUCUGCCGCCGCCACCGCCUCCUCUUCCUCCUUCGUGCCUGAAAGAGAAAAGUAAAGACAGUUCCACGAGCACUUCCAGCACGCCGCCAGUCAAGAAGGUGAAGAGGGAUAAGGAUGAGAAGGACAGGUCCAGGGAGGAGAAGAAGGAGAGGAGUAAGGACAGGGAGAGGGAGAAAAAGGACAGAGGGAAAGACAGGGAGAAGGUCAAGAGUGACGGCAGCACUUUGACGCCAUCGCCGAGGAAAAAAGACGAGGAGGAGAAGAAGGGGGAGGGAGGGAAGUCGGCUCCCAUGUCGGAGGAGAAGUGGGUCAAAGAGUCUCAGCCUCACGUCAAGAGAGAGAAGGAGCAUGAGAAGGAGCGGGGAGGUGCACAGGUGCUGCCCAUCGCCCGGCCCGACAGAGAGGACGGACAUAAGCACAAGUCCUCGCACGGGAAGAAGGAAAAGAGUGGGCACCGGGAGGGGGGCGCCCCCAGCACCCCCACCAAGCCCGGAGCUCCCAGACCUCCAAACGUCCAGGUCAAGAAGGAGAAGAAGGACAGAGACCCCAUCGGUAAGGACGAGAGGAAGAAGCCCAACCCCUCGACGGGUGACCACAAACCACCUCGGACGCUCAUCACCUUUGACCUCUUCAAGCCCAUGGAGGCCCACCAGACGCUGGCGCUGUCCUUCACCGACAACAGGUCCAAACAUCACAGUGACUCUCGGGGCUCCUCGUCCUCUAAACCGGGCUCCGUGAGCCGGACUGUCGUGCCCUUUAAAGGACCAAAAGUGAAAGACUUGCAGCAGGGUAAACCGGCCACACCCCUGCAGGACACUCGGCCGCCACCGCCGCCGCAGCAGCACUCGAUAAAACACACGCUUAAGACACACACGCCGCAGAAAGACUUUUUAAUAUGAAUGUCUACUUGUUCUUUUACUGUACGACUUACGCGAAGGCCACGCUAAAGUGCUUCGGGGCGCUUCCUUUUUGUUUCCUUUUUUUCUGGCGAGGUGAUCCGCUUCUCUUUGUUCGCGAUAAAGGGGACGUGCCCGUCGAGGAUUUUAGCUUGGCCCAAGAAUGUAAGCUAAGUAGCUCACUUCACGUCUGUUAGAGAAUGUACGUAGGCUUUAUAUCAAACGUCAUGUGACCCGUGUGUCGGUGCCUGUGCACUACUUAGCUUCACUCUUCAAGCACUUGUUUCCGGUGCUGGCCGCUCCGACCCGACAACAACUCGCUCCCCCCCUGCCCUUCCCUCCCACCCCGCCCCCCAUAGGAAUCACUCGCAACACUUUACUGACCCACUGAGCUCCUACUGAACCUUCGACGCCGCAGGAUUCGCUCCGGACACUCCAGCACUGGAGCGAGUUGUUGGGCCGGGCGUGGACUCACACAGGGCUGUAAAUGAUACUGUAAGUACCAAAUCUGUACAGUCUAGAUGUUAUUAGCACCAAUGAGAAUAUGUAUACAGAAAUUGCAUAUAUUUUUUGUAAGACAGGUUUUAUUUUCCAUAGAACUUAUUUAUAUCAUUUACUGUCUGUUUUAUUUGAAGCCAAUGUUGUGAAUUUUGUUGUAAAUACAUUUUAUUUCCUAAGACUUGGUAGUGUGAUUUAUACUCUGAUCAGAACCGCUCAAUAAAUGGUUCAAAGUA